CUACAACACCCCGCCCCCCGCCGCGCGCUACAACACCCCGCCACCCGCCGCACGCUACAACACCCCGCCACCCGCCGGGCCGUACAACAACUACGCGCGCACGGGCUCGCCCGCUCUGAGCAACAACUACGUGCCGCCGCCGCGGGCGACCUCCCCGGCGACGAUCCCCACGUCGCUGACGCCGUCGCACGGGUCGUCGGGCAGCGUGUCGUUCGCGCUCGUAAGGAACGCGUUCAUGCCGAGCCUGCCCGACGAGCUCGCGGUGAGCCAGGGCGAGAUGGUGCGCGUGCUCUCCGAGUACGACGACGGAUGGGCGCUGUGCGCGAACAUGCGCGGCGAGCAGGGCGCGGUGCCCUUGGAGUGCUUGCAGCGCCAGCGCGUGAACGUGCCUGGGGCGGCCAAUCCGGGUGCGGGUGCGACGAGGAGCAGGGAUGACCAGCUUGCGUUUGUCCCCACUGGAUGAGCGGCGCAAAACGUGACGGGGUGGUAUGCGGACUCUAGUGGACUUUGUCGACGUUCGCUUUUCUUGGUAGUUGUCGAGUUGCGAUGUCACCCUUGGGACAGUUCACCCUAUUCAACCCUGUGCAUCACCGCAUACUGUACUCUACACCUCUCAGCAUGUUCUUGGACUGUUAUCUUAAAUUAUUUUAGUCGGUGUGCGCACUGCUGUAGCUUUGCCACUGUAGUCCGUCGGUCAGCCACGCCUUCCCCUCUUUCGUCUCUGCGAGACCCUUCUUCCCCUUAUUGAUACCUUUAGUCAUACCGUGUACUGUGGCUAAGACCAAUGCAGUGUUGACAAAUACGAAUCAGCAAAAGAUCUGUCGAGAGUACACAGCAUUUCUACAUAGCA